CCACCAUCGCCAAAAGGUCUCCUCGAUUUACCUGACUCUGGUCAGAUAUCGAUCCUCUCAAUCCGACAGGCCCGUCUCGUCUGCCGCGCUUCCAUGCCCCGCGGCGGCCCUGGGCACUGGUGAUGCGCACGCGAUGUUGGAGCUUGCAAAUGUUCCACCCCCGUCGCGCGUGGAUCAUGCUGGUCUACGCCAUCCUUUUGUCGCUAUGGCUGACGCUGGCGCAUGGGAUGCGAGACUACCAGGUCAAAGAGCUUAGACAAGAAACCGAGCGCAUGUUCUACCAUGGCUAUGAAAAUUACCUCGAGCAUGCUUUUCCCGAUGAUGAGCUUCGUCCGUUGACCUGUGGCCCCUUGACGCGUGAUAAUAAGAACUCGGAGCAUAACGAUUCUGUCGACCCUGGCUAUUUUGUCUUCCAGUCCGGAGAGUGGCGAUCGGGCAUUGAGGAGUUUCAGGAUGGUGUGAAGGAUUUUGUUAGACUAUAUGGAGAUGGCUCAAGUGGUCCUGCUGGUCAGGGCGAGCGGGCAAGGGGAUUCGAUAUUGAUAGUAAGGUGCAGGUGUUUGAGACUGUGAUUCGAGGGCUGGGUGGUUUGCUCAGCUCCCAUCUUUUCGCCGUCGGCGAAUUGCCCAUAACCGGAUACAAUCCACCAGAACCAGAAAUCGCCUAUGCGAGCGCAUGGGACAAGAGCGAAUUCGCAGAAAGUGAUCAUGGCAUUGUAUGGGAUAAUGACUUUGUCUAUGACGGCCAAUUCCUUCGAUUAGCAGUCGAUCUUACACACCGUCUUCUGCCUGCAUUCUACACGGAAACGGGUCUUCCUUACCCACGAGUCAACCUGCGGCAUGGCAUUCCAUUCUAUGGGAACUCACCGUUGAAUACCAAAUCUAGCAAAGGCAACGAGCAGAAGUCAAAGUUCGCCUAUAUGAAGGCGGAGGAAGAGAUUACCGAGACUUGCAGUGCAGGUGCUGGUAGCUUGGUGCUUGAGUUCACCGUCUUGAGUAGACUCACUGGUGAUGGCCGGUAUGAGGAGUUGGCGAAAAGGGCUUUCUGGGCUGUUUGGUCCUACCGUAGCGAGAUUGGACUGAUUGGGUUUGGAAUUGACGCGGAGUCAGGAAAGUGGGUGGGACCGUAUUCGGGGAUUGGUGCUGGAAUUGACAGCUUCUACGAGUAUGCUUUCAAGUCGCAUGUUCUCCUUUCCGAGGGAGAGCGACCGCCUUUCGACCCAAACAAUCCUUGGAGCAUCUUGGACGAUUAUUACAUACCUUUAACUCAAGAUCAGCACUCUCCUGAUGCUUUUCUUCAAGUCUGGGAGGAUUCCCACACCUCUAUCAACCGCCAUCUUUACCGUGGCCAGGGGUAUCAACAUCCCCAUCUCAUCGUUGGCGAUGUUAUCACCGGUGCUACGCGAGCCUUUUGGAUCGACAGCCUGAGUGCGUACUAUCCAGGUCUUCUAGCUUUGGAUGGCAAGAUUGAUGAAGCAAUUCAAAUUCACCUGUUGACCACCGCCGUUUGGACGCGCUUCUCGGGUCUCCCAGAACGAUGGAAUGUGGCCACGGGAGACAUCGAUGGUGGUCUUUCCUGGUACGGAGGCAGGCCAGAGUUCAUCGAGUCCACUUACUACAUUUACCGAGCUACCCAAGAUCCGUGGUAUCUCCAUGUUGGCGAGAUGGUACUCCGUGACCUCAAACGGCGAUGCUGGACCAAGUGUGGCUGGGCUGGUCUGCGGGAUGUCAAGACCGGCGAGAUGAUUGACCGUAUGGAAAGCUUUUUCCUUGGAGAGACUGCCAAGUACAUGUUCUUGCUCUUCUCCCCGGAUCAUCCGCUGAACAAGAUUGAUGCUCCAUGGGUUUUCACUACCGAAGGCCAUCCUUUGAUCAUCCCGAAGAAGACAUCAUCUCCCAAGUCGAAUCGCCGGCCCAGUCAUCGGCUUACCCACGAGCAGCAAUUGGCUUCUCCUCAAGAUUCUCUGACCAACACCUGCCAAGCGCUUCCGAUAUCAUCAAUGCUCGGCGUAUCAUCCACCGCAUCCCGGUCUGAUAUCUUCCAUGCGGCCAGCUUGGCACGGUUACAUCUUCGGCCUCAUCGUGGCAUUGGCGAGGGUGCCAUCGUGGCAGACUCACCGGAUCACCCCAGCGUAUCGGUAUCUGACUUGACCUCGCCGACCAACUAUACUUUCUACCCGUGGACAUUACCACCCCAACUCGUCCCCUUCGACGGCACCAGCGCGCCCAUGGCCAUCCGCCCAACCCUUGAUAUCUCCUUCCCCUCUCUCCCCGGCGGCGUCAACCUCGGCUCGGGCGCUCUCGAGCGCGUGCGCGACGGCAUCUUCGUAAAGACCAUUGGCGGCCUCCGACUCAGCAUGAUCCAGGACGUCCCGCUCGUCGGACAGACCUCCGGCACAGGCACCUCCGAAGACGAAGACGGAUAUCGCGUGCAAGUGAUCAACAACGUGCCGCUGGGCAAGGAUGAGAAGGUAUAUCUCUCGCGCCAGAUCACCUUUGACGUCGUUGAUCCAUACGACCCGAACUUCACCCGGGUUCGCGAUUCCACGGUGCUAGACCUCGUCAUUGACGUUCUCGCAGACCCCUCUCGCCGCCGCAAUGGCUCAACUGCUCCGCGAGCUAGCCAGCCUGCAGCAGAAUAUUCAGCACAGGACAACCGCCGAGCUGUCCCGGCCUCACCCAACGAGAGCGGAGCCGUCCACGCCCCCGACUCCACUAUGAAGAGUAUGCUGUCGAACCUGCUUGGCUCUGUCUCCGCGCUGAUCAGGGAUGAUCCUGACGAAGAGGCUCCGCUGAGGCUGAGUCUGCCCGCGACUAUACCUACGGGCGUCGGCGCUGCGCCGCUUCCAGAUGUCGAGGACGCAUCGACAAUGUCGGUCUUCGGUAGCCCGUCCACCAGCCGUCUAUCCUGGUCUAGUAUCUACUUCGCCGGCGAGCUCUGCACGGAGCGUAUCCUCCGCGACAUCGCCCAAACCCACGAAGUCCUCGUCGUCAAGCGCGGUGGCUGCACCUUUUCCCAGAAAAUGCGCAACAUUGCCGCGUUCCGGCCAGGUCGGUCAUCUCUAAAGCUCGUCAUCGUCGUCUCCUACGACGAAGAACCGUCCACCGCCAAUCCCGGAUCAGAUCAGGGUCCCGAUGGAGAAUCAGACUCUAUGCCGGUAGCACCCCUCGCCGCCCUCCGCGCCGAAGGCUCUCUGAUCCGCCCGCACCUCGACGAAGCCCAAAUGACAGCCAGCGGCAUCCCGCGCAAUAACCCCCUCAGCAUGGUGAUGGUAGGCGGCGGCGAUGAAACGUAUGCAUUGUUGCAGGUCGCAUCGGGGGUGGGUAUUAAGAGGCGGUUUACCAUGCGUUCGCGAGGCGUGCCUAUUACGAAUCUGUACAUACUUUAAAAUGCAUGUAGGAGGUAUAUACCCGGUGAUGAGAUGGGUUAUGUGGUUUUGGUCUUUCUUUAGAGGAGACGGAUGGUUGGUUGUGUAGCUGUCUGUGUACCGAUGGUGUCCUCUGUGUUCUGGUCUAGCGGGUACCCCUGAGGUGAGCCGAUCUUGGGAUCUGAGGAUAUCAUGAACAGCUUCUUGCGGUAAAUUGUAUAGUGUCUGGUGUUCAUGUAUCAUAUAUCGCAAGCAGACCCAAGCUAGUACGUAUACAUUCUCUAGAUGCUCAGAUCUACUGAAUCAAAAUAUCUUAUGCAGUGAC